AUGCUGCCUAGCCAGCAUCAAACUCAAUCCUCACGACAACUUAGUUCCAGCCUGCUAGCUUUGCAUGUUGCCUCCAACUCCUUGAGUGAUGUAGACUCACCUGGGUUUCCGCCAAUCAGGCCGCCUGGGGCUCUCGGUAUCCCACGUCCAAACCUCACCUCCGGUGCUGGCAAUGUCUCAUCUGUCGUCUCUGGACCUGGCGUUGCAGCCAGCCAGACGGCUAUUGACUUACUCAAAGAUGCAGACUUUGCAGGCCGCCUGGCUACCAGACUGGCGCCACCAGUCUCCUCGCUGUCGCGUCGUGGAGAGCAAGGCUGGCCAGCAGCGCUUGCCAGUUCGACCGGGUCACUACCAACGGGCCAGACUUCGGCAACGUGUCAGUCCUCUGAACAGUCAGAUGGAAAGUUCGAACAUGAGGCAGCAACCCACCUACGGACGCUGCUGCGACUGGUCACAAAUCUGAUCACUGUCAAG